GCGAAACCACCCACCGACUUGCACCGAUUCUGGGAUGCUGAGGUGGUCAAUUGCAUCCCGCCAGAGCUCCCUACCAGGCACCGUUGACUAAAGUGACAUUACCCAGCAACCCACCAGCAAGCGCAAUCCGGCGCAACUACACCGCCAAACAACCGUCAAGAUGGCUCCUGGAAUGUCCCUUUUCUCCGUCAAUGCGAUCCUGAUCCUCAGCAUUGAGGACGGAUCGCGGUUAUUCUCCAAGUACUACAGCGCACCCCACCAAGGCACACAGAAGGACGGCCAGACAAACUCGUACCCCGAUGUCAAGUCGCAAAAGGCCUUUGAGAAGGGUCUCCUGGAGAAGACGGCCAAGCAGACCGGCGAUAUCAUCCUCUACGACAACCGGAUCGUUCUGUACAAGAUGGAGUCGGACGUCAUGAUGUACGUCGUUGGAGGCGUUGACGAGAAUGAGGUUCUUCUUUACAACGUUAUUCUGGCCCUGAGAGAUUCUCUGCACCUCCUCUUCAAGCAAUCUGUCGACAAGCGCACAAUCGUCGAGAACUACGACCUCGUCUCUCUCGCUAUCGACGAGAUCGUUGACGACGGCAUCAUCCUCGAGACCGACCCUACCAUUAUUGUUCAAAGAGUCAGCAAGGCGCCGGCGCAAGACGUUGACCUUCGUCGCAUCGACCUCAGUGAACAAGGUGUCAACAACCUGGCCCAGCUGGGUAAGUCGAAACUGGCGGAUUGGUUGCGGCAAGGCUUGUAAGGGGUUGUUUGUGGUGUAAGGGAGAGAGAGAAGAUGGAGAUAUAAACCAGGGAUGGUGUGCAAAUGGGAGUUUUAUGGUGGCUUCUAAAGGGAACGCAUCAUUAAAAGUAUAGUCCUCCGAAAGGCGGACGUCAUGACGAAUGCCUCGAA